GGGGGCCACACACACAGCGCAGGCACCGCCGCUACAUACACACACCCCGCUGACCAACAACCUGACAUCUCACUUCUGCAAAAGACAAAGGUGUCCUAACGAUUUGUCACUCUUGCAAAGUGCAGUACAGACCAAAGAGGCUAGUCUCAUAUUUAACUGAAAUAGAUAAAUUUAUUUAUAAUCUCUUUAGUUUUAAAUGGGCCUAUAAGAUCCUAAGGAGAAAGUAUACGUCUGAAUCGUCACUUAGAUACGACCAAAGAGAAUAUUCUGUAAAUUCUUCUGUUUAUUUUUUGCUUAAAUUCUGAGUUUUGAUUAAUUUUGUUUAGAUACUUCGUGAACAGCAAUGGAAAAAAUAACGCUUACUCAAAAUAGAGGAAGUGCUUCAAACAAUCAUCACCAGACAAUGCGAUUUUAUUGUUGUUGUCAUCGAUAAAAAAAAAUCAAACGAAUGGCUUUCAGAAACACCUACCGGAUAAGUGCAAACUCUGCGAGAAAUCCUUUAAAGAGCUUCAGCUUCAAUUAAUGGCCGAUAGACUGACCAAUGGGCGGUAAGACGUGGGACCCGUGAGAGACUAUGUGGAUUCCGACAUGGAGAUACCCCGUGUAGGACUCGUCGCUGUGCUGUUGAUGGUUCUGGAGUGGAUCCAUUCGGGUCUGCCCUCUCCGCUGAGACCCAUCUGUGACCUGCGAGUGCUGGACCGUUUCAUCAACGAAGCUCGGGACAUGGAGGUCACCAUGCGGAGCUGCAGUGUCGGGUGCAGCCUAGUGGAGCCUCUGUCAGUACCCCUGACCAGUGUCGACUUUGCCGUCUGGGAGAAAGAAAACGCCCAGAAGCAAGCUCAGGAGGUGCAGGCGGGCCUGUGGCUGCUUUCUGAGGCCAUCAGCGUGGUCCGGGCCUCAGUCACCAGUGCGAUGCUGCAGAGCUUGCUGGACAACAGCCAUAGCAACCUACACAGCAUCCGGCAGGUGAUACGCAGCCUCAACUUUCAGGAAUACAUCCCUCCAACAGGUGGCACUGCCCACGAGGAAACGUGGCGCGUGUCCUCCAUGGCCGAGCUGCUCCGCGUCCACAGAAACUUCCUGAGUGGCAAAGUGCGCCUCCUGCUGAAAUCAGCGGCAGCCUGUCACCGAGAUGGCAGCUGAUCAGCGCUCCUGGGGACGGGUGGGGCCAGCUGAUUGCAGCGCUGCAUUGAAUAGGAUGGGUCCUAGCGCAGGCCCGAUGGAUCUCCAGAGCAAUGGACAGACAGUACAGCAGGGGGCAGCCUUCAGAUGGACCAGCCCAGAAUCAAAGGAUGAGAAAAAUCCACAUAAACUGAAAACUAGGACAGCAUGCUGUGCUUGUAGCACUAAACUGGAUGAACUAAACUGAGGGAAUGUGAACAUUCGUGUGUCUGAUGGUCACGUAACUCGCCAUUUUAUGCCAAGCACCUCAGACGUACAUAAGGUCACAUACAUGUUACUGCGAUAGUGGACGCCUUUCUGGACUAAUGCCCCGCACUCACCAUGCCCAUGUGACAGCACAGCCAACCUAUCAUUGCACAGAGACUGACCACACUCAGCUACCCUCACCUCCCCUGUCGCUCAUAGCAACCCUACCUACAUGUCUGUUUCUGAAUGUACAUUAUGUCACAUUUAUAAGACAAUCAUUUAUAUAUAUUCCUGCCUGUCUGGGAGCCAAGAGCGUGAAUGCUGAGGGUGGUGUUCAAGCAGGGAGCAUGUCUCUGGGUGUCCUUAGCAAGUUCACAGGGACAAAAGACUGGAAGCAGGGAGGCUAGAGUCGGGUUCAGUCAGGGUGAUGGUGAGGCCUACGUGAGAACGCCGGAGCAUGCAUCUGACUCACGGAGACAAACUCCCACCGAUAACACGGCUGCCUGGAAAAACAGCGAAGGACAUCCGGCAGAUCCAUCCCUCUGACCUGGUCCAUCUCACAGACGCUGGUUCAUCUCCCCCAAUGAUGGGAACCGCUGAGUUUUCUGGACCUUAAAGAAACUUUGUUUGUCCUGUUUUGUACGAUAUUGUUUUGCUCUCGUUUCCUUUUUUGAUGCCUCUCAAUCAGGCUUUGUCACGAUGCAAAUAUUUUGAAGGAUGUUUGUAUAGUUUUUUCCUGUUUUUUUCUUCUUUUAUCACAGAGCUAUUUGGUAUUUAAAUUCAAAAUAUUAUUCUUAGAUAAAAAAGAUGAAUGACAACCA